AUGUAUAUCGUAACAUUUUCAUCGUGUAAAGUUUGCAAGAACAGGCUAACAAACACAGCUUUGUCAAAAGAAAAAAACGUUUCAGACUUUUCGUUGAUGAAAUACCUUUUGGAAAAACUUCUACUCGGAAUCCAAAAACUGUCUCCAAAUGAGCAAACCUUGUUGUCAGCUGCAUCUGGAUGGUCCUUGGGGCUUUUAGCCAUAAAACUUAGUAGAACCGACGGCAGAACCUUAGCCUUUAUAGCUGGUGGAGGACUGAUUUUAUCACAAAUCGGUUUUAACAAUGGAUAUAUUCCGAUGAAUUGGAAUACUAAGAUUUGCGAUGCCACGUCAAGAUAUGGAUUAGUUCAGAAGAGGGCAAAACGAAAUUGGACUAGAACAUGCAUGCAGUUGGUUGAGCAAAAUAGAACUUUGAUUGUUGGACUAUUGGGCGGAUUUCUUAUCGGUUUAGCAACUUAUGAAAAAUAUGGAUUUUUGCCAACGAAAACAAACCAAGGCAAAUUAUUUUUAGAUUCUUCACCCUCUCUUGUUGAUAAUUUUUGUUUUUUACUAGAAAAAAUGAGAAAAUGA